GAUCUCUACGUGUACAUCUCGGAGCACGAGCACUUCACGGAUUUCAACGCGAGCUCCGCGCUCUUCUGGCAGCAGCGGGAUCUGGUCUACGGAGACUGGACGAGCGGGGACAACGCGGACGGCUGCUACGAGCACUACGGCGAGGUGGACAUUUCCCAGGUAGGGCCGGGAGGCUCCGCGCGCCCUUCCCGGCGUUCCCGAGGCCGGGAAACGGCAGCGGGGCGGCCGCUCGCCACGGUGCACACGUCGCGCAUGAUCAACAAAUACAAACGGCGACGCUUCCAGAAAACCAAGAAUCUCCUGACGGGGGAGACGGAGGCGGAUCCCGAGAUGAUCAAGAGGGCGGAGGACUACGGCCCCGUGGAGGUGAUCUCGCACUGGCACCCCAACCUCACCAUCAACAUGGUGGACGACCACACGCCCUGGGUGAAGGGCAGCGUGCCGCCCCCGCUGGACCAGUACGUGAAGUUCGACGCCGUGAGCGGCGACUACUACCCCAUCCUGUACUUCAACGACUACUGGAACCUGCAGAAGGACUACUACCCCAUCAACGAGACGCUGCAGCGCCUGCCCUUCCGCCUCUCCUUCUGCCCGCUCUCCCUGUGGCGCUGGCAGCUCUACGCCGCCCAGAGCACCAAAUCCCCCUGGAAUUUCCUGGGAGAGGACCUGUACGAGCAGUCGGACGAGGAGCAGGACUCGGUGAAG